AAAGGGGCCCCCCCUGGCCUGUCAGCGGGGAGCUUCGGCACAGGAGCCCUUCGGUGCCCCCCCAAAGGUUUCCAGCUUCGGUUGGGAAUCUUUCUGGAGGGAGGGUCGCCCGCUCUCUGCGCCCCCCUUCACUGGAAGGAAAGUCACCUCUCGUUCGCCUCGCCAAGGCGGUGGGUGGGCAUCGUCCCUGGCCGCCUUCUCACCACUCCCCACCCCUGCUGCCAGCCUCCCGGCCCUCCUCAGCCCCCAGCCUCAAUUCUGGCUGCUGGAGGACGACAAAAGCAGGGUGGGAUUUCUCCCCCGGCUUCUGGGGCUCAGGUAGCCGCCAGGCUUUGCCAACUCAGCCGUAGCGAAAGACCAGCAGCAGCCGUGCCAGAGCUGCCAUCCUUCUCCGGAUGCCAAGGAGAGCUGGUGGGAGGGCUGAGCUGGCAAAUCCCUCCAGGGAUUCCCUGCAAGGGGCCGGUGGGGGAAGCGAAGCAGUGGGGCGUGGAAAGGGAGGGGAGGGAGGGGAAGGACCAGUCUUUGCCGCUUCCAAGCAGCUCCGGCCAAGAGGAGCCGGUGAGGGUAGCCGGCCGUGGCCGCAGUGCGCAGGGAGAGAGAGAGACACUGCACCCGCCCAGGUGCCCUGAUCUCUCUGCCCAGGCGACUUCCGGGGAGGAGAGGAAGGGCACCGCAUCCUCCUUGCUGGGAAGGGCCGGCUGGGCAGGACCAACCCGGCUCUGCUUCGGAGGUUCUGGUGGAGGCUGUAAGAGCCGGCAAUAUUCCCAGGGCCGUUUGCUCUUCCCUCGGUUAAUACAUGUAAAAGUAGCCAUCCCCAGGCUUCCUCAUUAGCCUUUGAAGAAAGGUGGGAUUAGCCUGUUAGCCGAUAGAGUCACCAAUGCAACGUUCCAGGGCAAAAAGGACCGUUGGAGGCUUUCUCCGAACUCGGAGCAGGUCUGGUCUUGACAAGGGGGCCAUCCCUUUUCAGGCUGUGCACCAUUGGUUCUGCUGCCUGCCGGCAGAUGCUCCCUUCUCCAUGCCAAGCAGGGAUGCCGGGGCCUCCGGGAUGCCAUCGAGCCUGCCGAGAAACCUGAGCUUGGCCCGAGUGGAGGGCACAGCCCAGGAAGGAAGCUGAGACGGCCAGGGGGAAGAUGCCAGGCAGGUGCUGGUGCCCUGAAGGACCUCGAGGACAGUGGACCAUUGACGGGGCUCCUGGGAUGGGGGUCGUUAUGGCAACGGAAAGAAGAGCCGGGACGGAGAAGAGAGGGACGGUUUGGGCAUCCCCCUCUCCUUCAGCAGAUGCUUCCAGAAGGAAGGUGGGAUGCGUCCAGGGCUUCUGCUUUCGCUCCUCUUCUCCUUGAGCGCAGCUCCAUGGAGUGGGUCAGAAACCGGGGCAGCCAAACAGGAUUCAGUGCGGGACCCCCACACGGGACCCCCUUCUGCCAGUGAUGGAGGCGGACAGGAAUGGCCAGACCGAGAGAUGGACUCCCCCCGCAUCAUCGGGGGCUACGUUAUGGCCCCCCACUCCUCCAAGUACUUGGUGUCUCUGAAGAGGAAGAGCGGCUUCCAUUUCUGCGGGGGGGCGCUGGUCAGCCGCCGCUGGGUCUUGACCGCUGCCCACUGCAAGAGCGGAGGGAACCAGAUGCUGAUUGUGGCCGGGGAAUAUUCAUUGUCCACUUUGGAGGGUACCGAGCAGGUCUUCCGGCCGGCCCGCCUGGUGGUCCAUCCGGAAUACAGCGCCUCUUCGAAGAACGCGGACAUCAUGCUGAUCAAGCUGAGCCGGCCGGUGGCCUACAGCCCCUUCAUCUCCAUCGUGCCGGUCCCUCGCCAAGGGGCAAAGGUUCGGGCCGGCCGCUUCUGCCAGGUCUCCGGCUGGGGCUACACCACGCCUGUCGGGGGCAGGGCAUCGGACACCCUGCGCGGCGUCCGGCUGCCCCUCGUCUCCCCCUGCAAGUGCAACAGCUCCGCUUCGUACGCCGGCUACAUCACCAAGAACAUGAUCUGUGCCGGAUUUGGGCAGGGAGGAAAAGACGCCUGCCAGGGUGACUCCGGGGGUCCCCUGGUGUGUGACGGGCGUGUGUUUGGCAUCGUUUCCUGGGGCCACAGCUGCGCCAGCCCUGGCUACCCUGGGGUCUACACAGCCGUGGCCAACUUCCAGAAGUGGAUCUACAAGACCAUUCUCCAGAAAUAAGGGCUGCCUUCGG